CAGACGAGUAGGAAUUAUGAGGGAGCAUGGCGUACCUUGUGCAAUAUUUGCAAAGAAGAUGGCGUUGGGUCACUUUAUGCUGGAGUUUCAGCAUCAUUACUGGGCAUCGUUCCGUCCAUGGCAAUCAGUCUCGCUGUAUAUGACCGUCUCUCAAUGAGUUUGAGCAAAAUAAGUGACUCUCCAUUCACGAUCGCCCUUGUUUGCGGUGGCAUUGCUGGC